AUGAAGCUAAAGGAUGUAGAAUUCGCUCCGUUGUGUGUGCCACUCACCCGUAGGCUCGAGACGCUCGCGGCAGCCUCUUGGAUUUACCUGGUGGUAUUCGGACCGUUGACCGGAUGGUUUACUCUGCUGUAUAUAAUAAUCAACACACAAUAUUGGUGGCUGGGGCUUAUGUACCUCAUCUGGAUAUAUAUCGACCGAUCCGUAGCAUGGUCCCACAAAAUAAGGUAAAACAAUUUUUUUUUUUUUCUAAAUACUAUUAAAAGUCAGUUCUUUGUUUUCAUGUGAAACAAAAAAUCUAGGUAAGUAGACAUCACUAUGGUGGUGGUGAUAUUAUUAGAUAAUAUUAAUGUUUAUUACAACGUGUCAAAUAAAAAUAACAAUACUACAAUUCUAGUACAUAUUAAAAAUAUCAUUUUUACUACGUUUGAUCAUUUUACGUUUAUGACACGUUUAGGCACAACAUUAUAGCAGGUUUGAACAUUAUAUUAUUUUUCUAAAAUCUUUUCCUACACGUUUGAGUAGUAUAAUACUAUUAUAUAUUAUAUUAUAUUAAUAUUAUUAUAAUACUACUGUUUACAAUAUUUUAUACAUAUUUAUACGUUUUAUAAGUUAGAAAUAUUAGAAUAAUCUCAUUAUGAACAGAACAAUAAUACUUUGAUUUCCUACGUGUUUGCCCUUAUUUUAAUUAUUUUAUUGUUUAAAAUAUAAUAUUGUAUAAAAUUAUAAGUACUCACAUAAAAGACUAGAUUCGUUUGUCUGCAGUCUUUAACGCUUUUUCUUCAAUACUUAGAACAGGAGUGUUCAACUUUCAGGAAAGACUGAGCUAUAUGAAGCGUAGAAAUAGUCAUAAGCCACAUACAUUUUCAUAAUAAUAAAUUGUAUUCAUAAUUUAUACAAUGGCGAAUAGUAAACAGAUAAUCAUAUAUUUAAUAAAAUAAUAAAGUAAAAACAAAAUUAUUAAAACGUUAAUACUCAUAAAUAAAUAAAGGAAAUAAAUAUAUAAAUAAAAUAAUACAUAUAAAAAUAAAAUAAAUAAAUGAAUCAAUGAAUCGCUUGGAGUAUUAUGAUAAGUGUUAUACGAGCGGUUUCGAAUUAAAAAUUCAUCAUCAGGUAUAACACAGUCAAAAUGUAAAACGUGACUCGAUUUUUAUUUAUAUAUUUAUUUACUUUAAUUAUGAUAUGGUGAAAAUGAGAAAUAUAUUAUAUAUUUAUAUAUUAUGUUGUAAUCAGCCCAAGUUUUAUCGUCUGAUAAAUAUUAAUGUGUACCUGGGUUAUUAUCGCUAUCGGAUUACAAUAACAAUAACUAUAAAAUCAAUAUAAUAUAGGUAACAGAUAGUUUAUUUUUAUUUAUAGAUAGGGUUUUUUCCUAUAAUACAAUAUGUAAGUAAUUGAUGGUUUUGAAAUUUAAAUGGGUGCCCAUUAAAAUGAACCUUUUGUUAAAUUGUCAAGUAAUUUUGUUUGGUCAAACGAUUUUAUCCACAGAAAACAUACCGAAUAAAAAUCGAAGUAAAAAACUCUUAAAUUAAAUGUUCAUAAAUAACUCAAAAAUAGCUCAAAUGUUUUAAAAAUUACUACGUCUAGAAAAGGCAAAUAUAAGUUGUCUGUCUAAAUUUCAAGUCUCUACGAAGAUUUUGAACUAAAUUAAAAAAAAAAAAAAAGAGCUGAUACUGGAGAUGGGAGCGGCCACUGUUGUAGGUGAGUAGUUGGGAAGGUAGGAUACAUAAGGUUAUUUCAUUUAUAUCUGUAAAUCAUUGCUUAACGAAAGAAGAUUCCGAGCGCAGUUCGGUAAUACAUAAUUUGAAGUGCCAUAAUUUUUUUUUACGAUUUUCGUUUUAAUUUGAUUUCAAAAGCUAAUUAAAAAAAAAAAAAAUUCGUCCAAUGAUUUUUUUAAAAUUUUACUACGUCUAGGUAAGUCUAAUAUAAGUAUUAUUAAUAAGUAUCAAGUCUCUACGUGUAUUUAUAACUGCAUUACAGCAAAAAAAUUCCCAAAAUUAAAGUUUCUUAAAAGCUCUCUAAAAAUUGGAGAUGAUACAGGAAGAAAGUAAAUCAAAAAGGCAAUAAAAAAGGUAUCUCGUGAUUUUUCGAUUAAAUCAUUUUUUCUGGUAGAAAACAUUGUCCGUGUUUUUAUAAAAUAAUGACAUCGUGAAAUUGUACCUUUUCCUACGUUUUUUCCCAUUUAAGUGCUUUUAUUUAAAAAAUAGCAUCGAAAAUCAAAAAAUGACUUCUUAAAAAUACAAUCUAGACAACUUGAGCUUUCAAAAAAGUUUCCACGCGUAAAAAUCGUAGUAAGGAAAAAAGUGUCCACAGACUAGAAUAAAGAACAAAAAAAAAAAUAAACAGCAUUGUAAAACCAAUAGUUCCCUCGCUACGCUUGGAAUAUAAAAGACGUCCUAGGAUAAUGGUGACAGGUGCAGCCACUGUUAUAGAUAAUAUAAUGUAUACCUGUAACCAACGAUAAGCCAUUGUUAACGAAAAAAAUUCUGAGCAGAGUUCAGUUGAUGGUGAUGCUUUGUCAAUAUAGGCUUUGUAUAUUUUCUUUGAUAAUAUUUGUUUAAUUUACCGUUUAUCCCGGGUUUCCCAUGUUUUUCCCCGGUUUUUCACAUUUGAUGAGAAAACCGAAAAAUGAUCUUCCUAAAGUACCUUCCCAGUCAGAUUUAAUUUUAGAGUAUGUGCUACCAUUGUAAAUCGGAGAUAAAUUGCUUAUAAAAAAGUUGUUCAUAGGAAAAAAAGGCCGAAAUAUUUUUUAACAUGGAUGAAAUAGUCAAUACAUUUUUACUAUCCAUCAUAUUUUACUUAAAUCCGUCUCAUGUUGGAUAUUUUUUUCUCUCUCUAAGAACAAUCCAUCUACCAGGUCUAUGGUAUUAACCUUUCGGCUAUCGUAUAUAAAUUUGUAGCUAUUUAUUAUUUAUAUUACGUUGACAUUUAUUUGAUUAGGUACAUUGUAUUUUAUAAACGCACCUUAACUAAAAAUGAGCUAAUAUUAAAAGGGAACAUAUUACAAUGAAGAGUAAUUUAGUGUAAGAAUGAAAAUGUGUAUGUAUUUGUAUAUUUAUGAAAUAAAAUAAAGUUAUUAAUGUUAUUAUUAUUAUGUAUAUCUGUAUGCAUGAACGUUAUACUAGAAUAUUUUUACGUAACGAUGAAUAAUUGAUAACAAAAAAAGUUCAUUUAAAUACGUUCUGAAAUUCCAGAAAUUUUAUAAUAUUCAUAAAUAUUUGAACAUUAAGCCCUUAUACAAAAAAGAAAAAAAAAUCGUCACUAUGUGAUUCUUAUAUCAAAUUUUAAAGUUUUCUUUGGAAGCCAAACAAAUUUUAUCUGCAUAAAACCUGGUAAAAACAAAAAUUUCAGAUGGUUAUAAAUAGUUAAAAAAUAGCUAAAAUGUUUUGAAAAUUAUAUCAUAUCUAUACAGAAAAGGUUAAUAUAAAUAUUCUGUCUAAAUUAAAAUUAUGAAAUCGACAACGUGGUCCUGCGCUGUAAAUAUUUGUCCACUUUUCCGAUAAUAUUUUUCCGGUUUUUCCAAUUAUUGAUAAAACCUCUUGAAAAAUUAAAAACUGACAUUUCCAAUGCACUAGAUCCAAAUUGCGCGAAAAAGUUCUCUUCUCAUUUUUCGAUUGGAGAAAAUGUUUUGUUCUCACAGAUACACAAAAAAAUACACACACACAUCGUAGUAAAACUGUAAUACAUUAAUUAUCGAAUAUUUGUAAAAUAAACUAGCGAAGUGACGUAGUAGGUACAAUUACCAGUUUUAUCACAAAAAAAAUAUAAGUACGCCAUAAAUUAUUUCACAAUCAAUUACGUGCAUUGUUUGCGCACUGACGUCCCUCGUAGCCACUGCGGCGAUCGUAUGGGAGCCACUAGGAUGGGGAACCGUAGAAGGCACAGGGACGCGAGAUGCGUAAAUCUUUUCCAUCGAAUCUUCACUUCUCUGGGUUCACCCAGCAGAAGCACUCAUUUUUGUUUAUCUAAAAUUCUUACUACCUUUAUUUUUCCAAACUAUACAGCAGUUGCAGAUACCAUAGGUGGGCUACUGUAUUUGGUUAAUUCACAUCUCCUUAAACCUGGUAGUUGUACAUAUUAUCACUUUGUUUCCUAUCAUACAUUAAACGUGUUUAUUAUUUUUCUCGUAUAAUCCAAUGCAAACACACACACAUUAUAUAACGCUUGACUGACUCGAGCAUUGACCUUAUAUACCGGGUUGGUGGUCGUCACUCAAGGUAAACAAUUGUCCGUACGUCUAUACUGUAGUAAAUAUUUCUAAGCAAAAUACAAUAAUGCAUCGGUUAGCGAUUCGUUACACUAAACGGAUGCAUUUCCCACAAGUCGUCGCUUAUUAGCGACCCGAGGUCUGAGUAUAGUCACAUAAAUAUCUAUUGACAUAGUUGACUUGGUGACAAACCAAUUAGAAAACCUACUUGUGUUUAUUGUAACAAUUCAUCGAAACCUACACAUCCUUAUAUCUGCUCCUUAUAUUUUGAGCAACGAACUUCUUUCAAACUUCAACCAGUGUAUCGAAGUAAGUGAUUAUUUCCAUAUUCUCGUAGUAGAAGAUUAAGUAAAAGAUUAGGAAGAUGUUAAAAAAUGAAUAAAGAAAAAAAAUCUCGUGCGGUAGAUAGCUGCUAGUCAAUAUUAAAUAUAAUACGUCUUUUUAACAUGUCUUUAUAAAGUAUUUUAUUAUGUAUGUGUACGUGUUGUGACGAUGACUGUAUAAUAAACACAUACAUCCACAAACACACACACAUAGGACGAUACACACAUAUUCUUCGAUGGACAAACCGCCGUGCAUCCGUAUUAUACAUACUACGCAGUAACAAUAUCAUUUCAUAUCAUAUACCAAUAUAGGUGUCCAUUAUAUUUGACUAUUUAUUUCUUAUCCCCUACACCAUAUUAUUCUACACUUCUAUCUUUCCCCCAUUACUUUAUUUUCUUACUUUUAAUUUUUGUUCUACUCCAAAACCAAUAGACUCUUCCCUACGCUCCGAAUCUAAAAUAUAAAUAUUUUCAAGUAUAAAACGUAUAAAGUUUUGCAGACUUUAUACGUUUUUCCAUCGAUUUUUGAUGCUUUUUAUUCCUCAAUUAUUAGGUACUUAUUUGUACGAAUUUGUACGAUAGUCUCCACAAUUUGUCCUUCCAUAGUUUCAGAGAAAUUAUAGUAAGCCCGUUUACAGGAGGAAGGGGGGUAGCAGAUCAAUCCUCCCUCCGAAAUGUUCAAAUUAGGUAUAAAUUUAUAAACAACAAAGGCUAAUUACAAGUUCAUGUAUUAAAAAUAUUUUAUAGGUGUUCAUGUCGGACUUUCAAUCAAAAAUAAACGCCGAUUUGUCAUGCUAAACCACGUGGGGUAGGCUUUUAUUUGGGGAUGCAUAAAACACAGAAAGAAAAUAACAAUAAUACAAAUAAUUGGUUUUUAAAAUAUGUUUGUUAUUUUUAAAAGUGCAUUACAAAUUGUAUUUUAUUCUCGAUUAAAAUAAUGAAAUGAGUUCGCAUUCAAUUUGCUGAGGAAGCGAACCAGAUUUUAAUGAGAACCAUUAGUUUUUAUCACUUCAUGUAAACAUCAUUCCCGAAUAUUAUUUUUCCAAUUAAUAUAAACCCCCACCCUUGUAUUUUGUGUACAUUAACACGGGACCAGGCCGUGCAUUUUUCAAAUGUGAGUACUUUCGAAACGACCGUUUGUUAUAAGAUACACAGAUACAUUCGAAAUGACUAGUCUUAACAAGUUGUUUCACAAAAAAAAAGUUUCACUUUCUUCCACGUGUUAAAUUUUUAAUCAUAAAUAAAUUCCAAUUUGUUAGCAAAAUCAUGCCGGGCAAAAAAAGCUGUCCUAGGAUAAUGAGAACAGGUGCAGUCAUUGUCAUAGGUAAUUGAAUGUAUACCUACAAGUAACAAUAAACCAUUGCUAACAAAAUAAAGGAUUCUUAGCGGAGUUCAGUUGAUAGCUAUAUUUUAUUAACAAUAUAUAUGUCAUAUUAUGGUAACAUAAUUAAAUAGGCAUUAUAUUUUUUCUUUAAUAUUAUUAGUUUAAUAUAUAGUUAUAUAUAAUUAAUUUUUAAUGAACCUUCCUAGAUUACCUCUCCAGUCAGAUUUCCUUUCUGAAAAAAUGCUAUCAUUGUAAAUUGAAGGAAAAUUGCUGGUAGAAAAGUUGUCCACAGAAAAAUAAAUCGUAAUAGUUUACUAAUAAAAUUCAUACAUUUUCCCAUUUUUUCCUGGUUUUUCCAAUUUAUUGAGAAAAAUUCCUGAGCAAAUCGAAAAAUGAUCUCAUUAAUGUACCUCCCCAUACAAAUUCCUUCCAGAAAAGGUGCUAAACUUAAAAAUUAGAUGAAGAAAAGUUGCACACAGAUAAAAAAUAAAAUAAAAUAAACAUCUUUGUAAAACUAUAAGCUUCUCCACUCCACUCAGAAUUUAAAAGCAUCAUAUUCGUAUUUUAUAACCUCUGGCUGGGAAGCAACGCAUUUAUCCAUUGAGAAACUAUGAGAUCUUAGAACUUCUACCGAUGAGAUUUCUUAUUUAAAAACACGUUUUUAUACCGAGUGUACCAUAUCGAUCGAAAUUUUGAGAGUAGGUCCAGAGCCGUGUAAUGUCAUUUGGUGCCCAGAGUCUAAGGACAUCAAUUUUUAAGUGUCUCCUUUUUUGAGGCUUUAUUCGAGAUGAUUCGGGGGUUAAUUUAUUCCAAUAUGUGUUAUUUUUUUAAUAAUUUCAUUAAAUUCAUAUAAAAAAGUCAACAUUUUACCUCCACCAAAUAACAUUCUUCCUUACUUCUAAAUUUGUUUCUAUUUUUAUAGACUACUUAACUAUGCUAAAUUCACGCGAAAACAGUUUUUAUAAGUUUUUGGACUUCCGGUGUUUAUCACCGUAACACGAAACUUUGAUAAUAUAGUAUUAUAUUUUAUUAUUUUCAGUUUUACAUUUUAAAAGGGUUCUAGUUAAUGUUCUUUUGUUUAUCAAAAUUAUAUAAUAACCAAUAGAUCAAAAUAUAUAUAUUAAACUAAUUAAAUAAGAUGCUUUGAAAAUACAAAGUACAUUUUGGUCUUUAUUAUUAAUUUGAAAAUAGUGUCUAUAGUUUGUGUAGGUAUUGAUUAAAUAUUUGAUCAUAGUCCGUGGUGUUAAUGUAUUCUAUUACAUUGUUACUAUUAGGAAACAUGUAUUAUACAAUAUUUAUUUAGAAACAAUAUGAUAUAGAUGUCUAUGAAAUAUGUUUUCAAGCAAAGGCCGCCAACUUAAUAAAAUUAUUUACUCGCUUGAGAAAUAUUGAAUACAUAAAAAAGAAAGCAUUUAGUUAAAACUUUUAAAAUAAAAAAUAAACAAAAACGAAUGAAAUUACUUAAGUUAAAAGUUGGAAAAAAUAUCAAUAUUAUCAACUUAUUAUCAGUUAAAAUAAAAUGUAUUUACUUAUUUUUUGAUAAAAUUUGGAAAGUUAUUGAAAAAUAAAGUUUGGAAUUUGUAAUAAUAAAUUAAAUUAUAAUUUCUAGACAUGGUAUAAUAUUUUCAAAAUAUUUUGAUAUUUUAAAAAUAUUAAUGACAAUUUAAAAUAUCGAGUUAUCUUUUGUUUUAUGCAGAUAACAAUGUUGUAAUUUAUUUUUAUUAGUCUGUUAAGUUUAAAUGUAUGUUCAAAUACGUUAAAAAUACGAACUAUUGCAAUUUAUUUUGUAGUUUAAAUUUAAAUUUAUCAAAACAUGUUUAACCGAACUUUACUCAGAAUUAUUUUUCGUUUACAAUGAUUUAAAAUUGCGUAAAUAUAUAAACUAAAUUGUCCUUAUAUCCUCCUAACCUCCUAUUUAUAACAGUUGCUCACUUAUAGUGCGAGUAUGCCCACUUGGUUUAUUAGUGUUGUUUUGAAACAGAUAGGUUUAGCCAUAGGUUUAGGGAUAGCCACACACUCUGUGUGCACAAAGCUGACGACAAAAUCUAUGGAAUGUUUUUGUUCUCAAAACGUACGGCGCAUUGUAGUAUUUAUGUAGUUAUAAAAUAGACGUAUGUUAUUUUAUGGUGCAAAAGUAUUAAAUUUUGAUAUUAUCUAUAUAAUUUUGCACCGAAACGGUACACGUGGAUACCUUACAUGAUGAUUAAUAUAUCAAAUAAAUAAUAUUUAUGGGCUACUAAUAAUAAUCGAUAAUAUGUAACUUCAUGGAGAAGUUUUAGUAACGUUAAACCACGAAUUAAGAUAAUAUAAUAUAGGAUAUAUAAUAAGAGUUUGUUAUCAACAAACUAUUGUUUCUGAAAUGUCUACAUGGAAUAGACACAGAGCGGUAAAAACUAAUCAGCAGCGAAAACUGAACUAAUUCAGUGAUAAAUAUUUUUAUUUGGUGGUGUUUUUAAAUUUUUAAUUGUUAAAAAUUUCAGAAUAAUAAAUAAUAAUACUUGACUUUCUUCCUAAGGUUUAAUAGUAUUAGGGAAUAGUUUCAGUAUUAAGUAUAAUAAAAGACAGCAAAUAGUAUAACAUAAAAUUUAACUAUUGCUUUCAAAUUUUUAACAAUAAUGUAACACGCUUGUUUACUCCGAAGUAAAUCAAGUAAAAUGAGUGGUUAAAACUCGUUUAUUAAUUAUUUUGCUUUAAAACUAAAUAUUUAUACCUAAUAACCGUAAUUUUAUAUAAAUAUAUUACAUAUAUAUAUCUUUAACUUUAUAGAUUUACAAUUAUGAGAAGACUGACAUGGUGGACUUACUUUAAGAAUUAUUUUCCAGUAGCUCUAGUGAAAACUCAUGAUUUGCCUGCUGAUAAAUCUUAUCUAUUUGCCACUUAUCCUCAUGGAGUUUUGUGUUCUGGAUCAUUUUCAAAUUUUGCAACAGAUGCAGGCGAAUUCUCGGAAAUAUUCCCCGGGCUUCAAUCGUUUCUGAUUACUUUAAGUUUCCAUUUUAGUAUGCCAUUCACUCGAGAACUCUGUAUUGGCUUAGGUGAGUACCUUCUAAAUAAAUGUUUAUUGUUAAUGUAUAAGUUAACUAUAAAUUGUUUUUUAUACAAUGUAAAUAAAUGUCACUUGAGAAUUAUUAAUUUACGUGCCCCCCUCCGAAAUCUUUUUUUUCGUAAUGCUAUAGUGCAGUUUACAUAAAUUUGUUAUAUUAAUAAAAUGUAUUAUUAGUAAUACUAUUAUAAGUAUAAAAUAUAUUGUUUUAUAUUAUUAUAUGCAUUAUAUAUUAAUCACUAAUUGCAGAAUGGGGAUACAUACAAUUUUUUAACAAAAUUGAGUUAUUACUGGAUUUAUAUUUAUUUAGGUACCUCGAAUAAAUACAUAUUUUAUGUAAAAAUGGGAUUAGUCCAUUAAACUGUUAUGGAAAUAUCAACAGCUAAAGUUAGUGUAAAUAAGCAAAUGUAAAAGUAAAGUAUGGUAAAUAUGAUAUAAAUAUCAUAUGAACUAAAUAUUUUAAUAAAUUACUGUUACAACGUAACAGCUGUAUAAAGUCACUUAUAGGUCAAACAAUUUUUCAUACAUUAUUUAUUAAUGUUAUUUUUAGUCGAUCUAUUUCUGAGUUUGUGUCGAAAAAAAAUAUAUUAUUUAAUCAAAAUGAUUGAAUUUUAAAAUAUCCGUGAAUUAAAAAAAAAAAAAAUAUUUCACCAAUCAAGUUACCCAAAGCUGUACAUCCAAAAGAUUUCAAUAAUGAAUUAUAAGCGCUGCAUUUUAAAGGAUUCUGUUUUUAGAUUUCGGGAAAAACUUUACGAGUGACCAACUCGCUGGCAACUUAAAUAAGAAAUUUUAAUAUUAAAUAAAUAACUAAACAGUUACAUUUCUUUGCUUAAAAGAAUAAAACAUUUUUCACUUCAAAAAAAAAAUUUGUUAUUAUUACCAUCCUUGUGUUUUAAAUGCCUUUAAAAUGGUUAAAUGCAGAAAUGGGACAUACCCAACAUUUAAAAUAGCUACCAAUGUUCACUUUGGUGAACAUUGAGACUGUUUCUCAAUCUUGCCUAGACAAUUUUUCGUGUUUUCUGUAAAAUUAAGUUUUAGGGACAUUUGACAUGUCACCUUUCUGCAAUUAGUGAUCCAUAUAUUCUCUUACAAGGUUACAAACUUUGUUUCAAUUUUAAGUUGUAAAACUAAGGGGGUAUAAAUAAUAAAUGAUAAAUAAAUAAGGAAGUUCUAAAAUAAUAAGUGAUAAUUAUUCUAGCUUAAUAAAAACUGAAUAAUAAAAUUACCUACUACCUAGAAAUAUAUCAAUCCCAUAUAUUAUAUUUUAGUGAUCAUAUUUUAGUAAAUUGUAUGUAGGUAUAUAAAUAAAUUCGAUUUAUGUACUUUAGUAUUUACAACACAUUAACACAAUCGCAAUGCAUUCAAUUAAAAAUAAUUAGUCAGCUUUUGUAAAAGAUAUCAUUUUUCUUUUUGAGCGUCAAGACUUUUGAUUCAAUAGUUAUGCAAAUAAUAUACUUAUAUGUACUUUUAAUGAAUUUAGCAUCUUAUUUUAAUUGUAGGUUUAGGUACCCACUUUAAUAACGCAAUUUAUAUGGUUUUAACUACUAUAAUAACAUAAUAUGUUAUUAUUCCAUAUUAUUGAAAUGUUUUAUUAAAUUAAAUAUAAUACUAUGUAAAAAUAACCCAGAGAAUUAUUAAAAUAUGUAUAAAAAUUUGUGCUUGUUAAUCAAAUACCUUAAUAAUACAUUUAGACAUUUAUUUAUGGUCGAGUUAUCAACUACCUAUUUUGGAUAAUUGAGCUUAAAUUAUAUAAUUAAUCAUUUUAUUUUAUUUUCGCAGGUCUUCGAGAGUCGUCGGAAAAAAGUUUAGUAAAUAUAUUGGAUGGUAAAAAAGGAAAUGUGGCUGUUCUUAUGGUAGGUGGUGUUUCCGAGGCGUUUAAAUCUUUUCCGGGUCCAUACCAUGUUGUUUUGAAAAACAGGAGAGGAUUCGUCCGCGUAGCGUUAAAAACUGGGUAAAUUUAAAUUUAUAAUCUAGGUAAAAAUUGUUUUUGGUUAUUUAAUGUCUGUAUACAUUAUAUUUGCAUGGGUUAUUUACAGGGCAUCAUUAGUACCUGUAUUUUCUUUCGGCGAGACUAAUGUUUAUGGUUUAGGCCAAGCGGAACCGAAUUCUUUUUGGGAAAAAGUGUUAAAAUUAAUAAAAUGGAAAAGCGGUAAUAGAGUACCAGUAGGACGAGGAGUUUUCCAGUACAGUUUUGGUAUUGUACCCCGUAGACAUCCAAUUGUUACUGUUGGUAAGUAAAUUUACAUUCAAAUAUUGUUGAAGAUAUUUAAAAAAAACAAAACAGUUUAUGUUACAGUCAAUUACAUCAUGAAAUACCUAUUUUUUUUAAAUUUAUCCAUGUGAAAAUUCUUUAGAAUCAUAAUAUAUUCUUAAAUUUUAUAUUACUCUUAUUUUUUUAAACUAUUUUGUUUGAGAAUAAAGUCAUAUUUGCUAUUUAAUCAUAUUUAAAUUUUUCUCAUUUCAUGGUUGAAUUGAUUAACCUAGGCUAUAUUUAUACCUAGUUUGUCCUAUUAAGAAAUAAUGGAAAUAGCAAGGUUAUUUUAAUAAAAUAUUAGUUAUACACUGUAAAUAUAACCAUUAUUAAAAAAUUAUUAAAAUUUAUUUCAUUAAAAAAAUUAUGGUUACACCAUAGUAAAUAAUGGAUAUAAUUUGAUGAUAUUUUAUGGCUCAUAAAUAAACUUGAACAUUUUUUUUCAAACGUACUUAAAAUCUAAAUAACCUUAAUAUUUAGUAGGUUUUUUAUUUAUUAUAAAUGCAUAAAUAUAAUUUUUCUUUUAAGAAAUAAUUAAUUUUGUAUAACAAUUAGAACUACAGAAUAUUCAAGCUUAAUAUUAAGCCUACAUUUAAAAUAUCAAUCAAAUAACAUUCGUGUUCUAUAAAAUUACUGGACGCGAGAAGCAAUUUAGAAAGCUAAUGGUUAAAUUUUAACACCUGAAUUCUAUUGGGAUUUUUAUAUUUAAUUGAAUAAUUUAUCGUUUUUACAAUACUUCAAAUUGUAUUUCUAUACUUACCCAUUAAAAAAUAAUAAUAAUAAAUCUAUAUUUGAUGUUGUUUUGAACCUUGAGUUCAACCAGAGGUUAGACAGUCUGGUUGAACUUAUAAUAUAGUGUGGUACAAACUGAUAAAAAUUAUUCUUAAUUUUAUUUUUACUAUACAAUCGUAUGUAUACUUCUUAAAAUAUUAAUAUAUAUGUACAAAAAAAAAAAAUAAAAAGAAUGUAAUAACCGUAAAAUUGACAUAUAUCUGACAUUUUUUCAAUUUUUGGAUAUUUUGAUUACAACUUAUGAUAAUUUAAAUUUGAUUGAAAAUUUAUAUAAUGCGUCAUAUUAAUUUUAUUGUUUAACUUUAAAAUAAUACAAAUAUAUAUUAAAUAAGGAAAACUAUAUUAAACAGAUUGAUUAGUUAGAUUUCAGAUUAAAACAUUAAUAUAAGUUAUUUAUAAUAUAUUUUAUUUGCAAUUUAUUUAAUAUAAUGAUGUCUCCCAUGAUUUUAUUUUAAAUUUUGAGUGGAGUGAGGAAUAUAUUGGUUUUACAAUGAUGUUUACUUUUUUUUUUCUGUGGACUACUUUUCUACUAGCAAUUUUGCUCGGAUUUACAACGAUAGUACUUUUUCUAUAACUAAAUCUGACUGGGAAAGUACUUUAGGGAGGUCAUUUUUCGAUUUUCCCAAUAAAUGGGACAAAACAUGGGAAAACCGGUAAAAUAUAGGUACAGUAUUAUACAAAUAUUAUUAAAGAAAAUAUAUAAUUCAUAUGUAAUUAUGUAUUACCAUAAUAUGACAUGUUUACUGUUGACAAAGGAAUACUGCCAAUCGAAUUACGAUUUGAAUAGUUUUUUCGUUAACAAUGGUUAAUCGUUGCUUACAGAUAUACCUACAUUAAUUUCCGUCUAUAGUCCCGUCCUACCUUUCCGAUUUCUCACCUACAGUAAUGAUUGCACUCUUCCUAAUGGACAGUUUUUUUUACCAUGAGCUCACUCAGUGCAGGCUAUCCACACGAUUGAGCAUAAAAUAUCUUUUUUCCGAUAAAAUUGAGCAAAAUUAAGAAAACCUUUUCUGCUGAACAUUAAAAAAUUCUGCAAUGUUGUCGUUCGCCUUUUUAAAUAAAAUCAUACAAAGAAUAUAAGUUUAACUAAUUAUAAUGGUACAAAAUGGUGUGAAUUAAAAAAUAACACUAUUUCAUAGUAAUAAUUUAAAAAACUUUUUUUAACACACUAAUGUGUGUCACCAAUGAAGGAUUAAUUGAUCGAACACUCACUACUUAUACUGUAUUAUUUUUAUAAUAAUUUGGGAACUGCAGUGACUUAUUUUAAUAAUUUUAAUAACUUUAAUACGAUAAAACGUCAACUUUUCAGUAUCACAGAUAAAACUGAUAUUUGUUGUUUUAUUUCCAUAUGUUUUAUAUAUUUUAUUGUUUUAUUAUUAUGUGUAAUAAUGCGGGAAAAUAAAAAUUUACAAAAUAUCAUAUUGAAAGUAACAUCGUCGCAUAAAAUAUUUUAUGUUCAAUGUUAUUUUAUCGCAAUACGGCCCAUUAUCUUGUUCAAUAAAAUAAAUAAAUAAUUAUACAUUUUUUUUUUGUCUAUAAACAUUUAUUUUGUGAUGGCCCCGAUGGACGGUGGUAUAUUAUAUAGUUUAUCAUUCACUUUGUUCAUGAGUCAGUUGAUAAAAUGUGGACGUUUCGACUUGCUCGAAUGAAUAACUUUUUCGGGAACUUCUAAUGAGUGAUGAAAUUUUGUAUUUAAUUGAUCGCUUCUAAAAAUGUCUUGUACUUAGUCAAGAAAAAAUGUCUAGGGGGUGGUGCACUUGAUUUUUUAUCUAGUUUUUGUAAAGCUAGAAUACUUAUCACCUGUUAUUUUAUGACUCUUUUAUUCUCUUAUCACUUAUUAUUUAUACCUCCUUAGUUUUAUUACGUGAAGUUAAAACAAAGUCUGUAACAUUGUAAAAGAUUAUAUUAUAUUAUUAUACCUAAUAUUAAUAUUAUACAAAGAUAUAUUUUUUAAUACUUAUAAUAGUACUACUAAUAAUAUAUUUUAUUAAUUUAACAAAUGUAUGUAAAAUGUACUACAGUACUACGAAAAAAAAAAUUCAAGGGGGAGGGGUCACAUACCCCAGUGGUCUCCCUCUGGCAACGGCACUGUCAGAAUAGAGGUUUAAGUAAAUAGGAUAAAGUGAAAGGAGGUUGGGAUUGCAGCAAAAACUAAUUACUUAAGGUCAGAAGAAGAAAAUAGUUUUCAAUAUAUUUUGGCUUUCUUGAUGUUAUUUAUAUUUGUUUGAAUAACGUUAAGUGUUUCGAUUUAUGCAAUUCUAAUCUUUUAGAUUAGUAUAAAAAAAGGUUAUUUGAUAUUUCAAGGUUUUUCAUAUUAUUUAUUUUUAAAAAAAGCAGAGUUUUAUGUAACUAUCAACAUUUUUUUGAACAACUUUUGUUCACUAAAAAUUACAGGUUGAUAAUAACAAUAAAAAAUAAUACAAUCAUAUACAAAGAUAAGACCUUAGAUUUAAUAAUUGAAUUCUGAAGGACUCUACCUGACUUUUCGUUUCCAAAGUAGCGUCUUAUAAAUAAAUAGAGAGGAUGUUUGUAAGUUGUUUUCUCAAUAAAGCGAAUUCGGGCCAAUAGAAUACCGUGACUAUUGUUUGCAGCAUCAGUUUGCUAUAACACUGUAAUACCAAAUGAUUUAAAAUAUACGUAAUACAAAAUGCAUCAUUAAUUUGAGAUAACGAAGCAGUACAUAAGUGAUGUCUAAUUGUCGACACAAGACUGAACUGAAAAAUUAUAACUGAGAAUUAUUUAUUUUUUAAUAUUUAAACACUAAUUACUACCUAGUUGGAAAAAAAAACUUUAUAUCAUAUUAGUAUUUUUCGUUUCCUUGUAAGAAAUUGAUUAAUUUCUUUUCCUCUUAGUUUCACCUUAUACAUUUUACACAAUGUAUAACAACAAACCUUUAAUCUCACAAUAAUAUUAUUAUUACAUUGGUGUUACGAAUAUAAUUCAUUUAUAAACAAUUUUAUUUACAGUGGGUAAGCCAAUUGACAUGCCUAAAAUCGCUAACCCAAAAGAAGAAGAUAUUGCUAAGUACCAUAAAAUAUUCGUUGAAGAGUUGACUAGUCUUUUUGAAGAACAUAAAACUAAAUAUUCAAAACAUCCCGAUGAAAUGGAAUUAAUACUGGAAUAA